AUGGCUCAAGCACAAGAGGGAAUGGAGUGUCCAGACCACAAACACUUGAAGAAGGAAUAUCAGGAUGCAGGAUUUCGAUUUUGCUUCUGUCAUGAACAAGGUAAUGAUAAGUUUGAGAGAGUAGAGAGGAUGGUACAAGACAUUAUUCUCCGCUCUUGGGAAAUUGCACAAGGCCAAGUACUCGCAAAUAUCUCGGAAGAGCAGAUGGUCUAUGUUCUUGAGACAAUGAAAUCGAGAGGUGACAAUGCUGUGUUUGCACACUCUCACACACACGUUUUCUGGGACGUGGAUGAUUGGCCAACCCCUAAUUUCGAGAACCCUAGGAUGAUUUUUCGUAAUAUCAAAAUACGUGUACGGGAAGAAUUACAUGCACAGGAAGAGGGUUAUUAUAAUGGAAGAUUGACAGCCAUGGCUUAUGGUGAGGCUUUUAAAACCAUGUCGGAAGACUUGAAGAAGGAAUAUAUUCAUGCAGGAUUUACCUUCUACUAUGAAGAAGUUGAUAAGUUUGGGAGAAUGGCGAGUAUGUUAGAAGACAUUCUUCUCUGCACUUGGCAACUUCGACAAGGCCAAGUAGUAAAUAUUGUUGUACUCGCAAAGAUCUCAGAAGAGCAUAUGGUCUAUGUUUUUAAGAUAAUGAAAUCGAGAGGUCACAAUGUUGUGUUUGCACGUAAAAGGCAAAGCCAGGAGGAUGAUGACUCCUCAGUAACCUCACUAAUAGGACGCCUUUCUGAAUUCGGAAUCAGUGAAUGGAUUUGUCCAAACCUACUUGACGAAAUCUUAGAAGACUUGUAA